CCCCUGCAACUCUCAUUCUGCUUCCCCCACUUUUCUUACUGUGCGAGAGAGAAAGAGAUCCUCCGAGCCAUUUUCUAUCUCACUUCAUUGCUUCAACGGCCAGCAUAGCAUGCGCAGUCUAUGUAUAUAUGUCUAUGGGGAAAACUCGCUCCAAUAUAUUCCAAUAUAGAGCUCAAUUGCUAGGUUAGGUUAGGUUAGGAUAAUUCUUCCAUCUGACAUUACUGUUUGUACUCAAUUAAACGCGAAGGUGAAGAGUACGAGAGCGCGUUAUCAGCUGGGACCUGAUCGUUGGCAAGAAUGUUCAAGUAUAUCUGGACUCUGGUAUACUGGUACUUUAGGCCUUUUGUAAAAUGGUUUCUACGUCAUACCACGCAAAUGUGCGAACUCCAGAGAAUUUGUUACGGGCAGCCGUCCGGGGCGCCGCGUGCAUUUGCCAUCGAAGAGUCCCUGAAGCAGUCGCGUAACGCGAAUAUUAGGACUCUUGUUGCAUAUCUGAAUGACAUCGCCGAUCAACGAAGAAUAACCACGAAAACGGAACGUAAGAUCCUGGAGGAUGCUAUCAAGACUGUGCUAGUGACCAAGAACAUCAAUCCCACUGCGCAUCCAACCUUCGCCAAAUCUUUUGGCAAGUGUGUGGAGUUGAUCUGGGGUUAUCGUCAGCUGUGCGUCGAAUGCGAGGAGCUCAGGAAGACUUCGUACAGCCCGGAGAAUCCGGAUCAUGAACAGUUGCUGCUAAAAUUAUGGAGUCUAUUAAUGCCAUAUGAAUCUCUGGAGGCGAGAGUGACUAAACAAUGGCAAAAGAUUGGCUUUCAAGGAGAUGAUCCAAAGACGGAUUUUCGAGGGAUGGGGAUCUUGGGAUUGGAGAAUCUCGUUUACUUUGCUCAAGAAUAUCCCAGCACAGCCACACAUGUGUUGUCUCAUUCUAAUCAUCCACGUUACGGUUACGCAUUUGCUAUUGUUGGUAUAAAUCUCACGAGCAUGGCUCUUAAAUUAUUAAGAGAUGGUAGCGCUAAGACUCAUAUAUAUAAUUCUUCGAAAACCCUGCCGAUGAUUCGUGCCUUUCAUCAAUUUUACUGUUAUUUAUUUUAUCAAUUUGAUGGAUUUUGGAUUGAGUCUAAGCCUAGUAAUAUGAUGGAAUUCUCGUCAAUACAAGAGAAAUUCGAAAAUAGCAUCAGAAUGGCAUUAGCUAACCCAUCAACUGUUUUUAGGAUAAAUGUGGCAGUUGACAAUAUUUAAUGCAAAUACAAAUGCCUUUUACAUGUAAGACAAGACCAAAACAGGUACAUGAAUGAUAAGUACAAUUUUUUUUGGCUAGCAUAUAUGAAAUUUAUUUUUUAUUAUAUAUCUUCACAAUAUCUCAGCUUUGUUGUGAUAUUAAAAUGGCAUUUAAGUGAA